AUGGCAAAAGUUCAGGUGCCCCCUCAACUCCCUUUCCUAGAGGCAGACCGUCUAGCAGACGCACGAGCGCGCAGAAUCCCAGCCUACGCCAGGGACGCCCUUGACCGCGCGCGCGCCCUUAUUACCGCUACCAAAGACGUGCAAGUCCCACAGAAUACCCCGAGCCCCGAAAUCCCCUCUCUUCCACCUAUCACUGAUCUCAAUGGUGACCCCCUACCCGACCAUGUCCUGACGCCCGAAUCGGAGGCGAGAGAUGACGCACUGGAUAGAGACGCGCAGGAGGCAUUCGAGGCCGUCGAGAAGUGGUUCCAAGGGCUGCCGACCCCGACCCUGGCUCAUAAGGUCGAUUACGCGACUGCAAAGACGAAGUGGGAAAUCCAGAGGAAGAUCUCUAAACAGCGCAAGCAACUACAGGACUUGGAGGAUGAAGAGCAGCGAAACGCGCAGGCCUUGCAGGAUAGACAGGAUGCGCAGGCACAGGUGCCAGAGGCGGAUAACGAGAUUUUUGUCCAGCAAGAGCAAAGCGUUGAGCAGAGAGUUCUGUUACUAAAGGACCAGCUCGUCAAGAAUAACGACCAGGGUAUCAACCCGGAUCCUCAGCAGACAAUGAUUCCCAUACCAACUGCGGCACCGCUUCCGAUGAUCCCUGUCAUCAAGAGAAGACGUGUCAAUCGCCUCUCUGCUGCCGAGUACAGGAAAAGCAUGGAAGUCGGGUUCGAAACGAUCCUCGAGAAGCUUCGAGGGGGUAGAAAACGCAAGGCGCGGGCUGAUGCGGUCAAUCCUGCCAAUCCUGGUAGGAAAGCUGGACCAGCAGCCAAGAAACGAAAGACCAAGGGCAAGGCGGCUGCUCCACCGGCACCAAUGAACUGGUCGUCUAAUGUGAUUGAGGAGGCGCAUGCCAGUGCGUCCAUGCCAGCCCUCACAGGCAUCACGGCCACCAAGCGACAGGAUGUUCUUGCCGAAAUCAUUGCUAGUAUCCCUACUAGAGACCAAGAGGUGGCCAAGGCUGACGCUGAGUUGCUCAACGAUGCCCUAAAGAAGUUCACACACCGACUCAGGAAGGCUAAAGGGGGCGAUGAUGAGGUAAAUGACAACGACUGCAAGUGGACGAUGAAGGGGCUCAAGGAAGGCCUAUAUAACUACCAGGUGAUCGGCUGCGGGUUUAUGCGUGAUCGUGAGAACUCGCCUAUAGAGCCAAAGGGUGGCCUCUAUUGUGACGAAAUGGGGUUCGGAAAGACCAUUGCGGCAUUGGCGAAUAUCAUCGAUGGACCUCCCUCAGAUCCGGACGACCCGGUUCGAACUACUCUGCUUGUAGUGCCGUCAGUCCUCACCAAGCACUGGAUGGAUGAAAUGCGAAAACAUUGCGAAAGCACAGCGAUUGGCAGAGUCGUCAAUUAUCACGCUGGGGCAAGGCUGGAGACGCUCAAUGAUGUCGAGGACCUGAAUAGCUAUGACAUCGUGAUAACAACCUACGAAGAAAUUCGACGAUCAUAUCCGAAGUUCAAACCUCCAAAGGAGCUCGCUAAUGAGGCGACAUUGAGAGAGCAAUGGGCAGAGAUCUUCAAGAGAGAUCGCGGUCCCUUGCAUCAAAUCAAGUUCCAUAGAAUCGUGCUUGACGAAGCCCACACGAUCAAGAAUCGGAAAUCAGAUGUGUCGAUUGCUGUCCGUGGCCUCACCGGUCGGCACAAGUGGCUUGUGUCGGGGACGCCUAUCACAAAUUCCAACGACGAAUGGUAUCCACCUUUUGCCUUCCUCAAUGUCCCUGGAAUAGCGACAUAUCAGGACUUUGUCUCCUUCUUCCGCGAUGAAACGCUAGGAGACGAGCGCCUCAGCAGCAUGCUUCGAGCCUACAUGUGCCGCCGCACGCAUUCCAGCCGACUGUUUACACGCCCUAUCCUCGCACUUCCUGAUGUCAAGGAGACGAGGGUCAUCGUCGAAUUCUGCGAAGCGGAAUGGAUCAUGUACGAGGCCAUUGUGCAGAUGUUCCUCGAAAGCAUAAAUGAGAUGGGAGGCUACCGCAGGAACAAGGAGGCCCAAACAAAUUGCAUACUGUCGAUGAUCCUUCGAUUGAGGAUGUUCUGCAAUCACCCGCUCACGGUGCAACGGAUCCUCAAGUAUCUCCUGCGCCCCGAAGGCACUCUGAUGGGAGAAUUGAACAAUAUUUCACAGAAGACGGUAACUAGAAAUGGCGUUACCGAUUCCACCUCUUCCGAGAUCGUUGCUAUGCUUGUAGCAGCAAAGACUGACUACACGAACCUGAUAAAAAAGCGUCACGACGAGCGAUUGAAUUCUACGGAGGACAGUGACAACAGCAUAUUCAGCGAAGAUCAGAACCUGCUCGAAAGAUUCCAAGAACUGGUUGAGAAACAUAGCAAUGACGACAAUUGGGUUGCGCUACAUGACAGGAUCAUGUGCGCGAAUUGCACUAUCAUUCCGGAUAAGGCAGCGGUUACAUCUUGCCUACACACGUACUGCCAGGAAUGCUAUGCGGCGCUUUAUAAGACCGCUGAGGGUGUCAUGGACGAAGAUCAAAGCACUGAGAACAUGGAAGAACCGAAGCCAAUAUGCCAAAGAUGCACGAGCCCGAUUGACAUGGCCGUUCGCUGCACGGAUAGUGCACUGGCAACAGCAAUACCAGCGCCGGCGCCAGUACCUGUACCGGAAAGCCCAACAACGCUCGCCGCCCACAUCCAGAAAAGAAGGGAGCUGACGAGUCGAAAAGGCAAGGCUAAAAAGAACAGUGACACCAAAGAUGAGAAUAGAGAAGAGCAUGAAGACUGGAUUCGUGCGUGCGGUGCUAGAAUGCCGAGCGCAAAACUAGCCAAGAUCAAGAGCAUCAUUCAGAAGUGGAAGAGGGCCAGCAAAUCUACCAAAGUAGUCAUCUUCACUCAAUUCACGGAUUUCAUCAGAAUCUUGGCGGAGAUGUGUGAAGAAGAACGUUGGGGGCAUCGAUGCUUGUUUGGCGAGAUGAGAAUCCCAGCUCGGCACCAGAGCCUUGAGGACUUCCACAAUAGUCCCGAAAUCACAGUCCUGAUUGUCGGUCUUGCCACAGGCGGCACAGGACUUGAUAUGACGCCGGCAAAUAAGUGUAUACUCGUUGACCUCUGGUGGAAUGAAGCUAUCCAAAAUCAAGCUUUCUGUCGCUUGCUUCGACACGGACAAACAAAGAAGGUCGAAUGCGUUAAAAUGGUUGUGAAAGGGUCAAUUGAUGAAUACAUGAUGGAACUCCAAACCAGGAAAACGGAGGAAAUCACAAGCACGAUGGGAGACGAAGUUCUCCGGAAAAGGGACACCGUCAUUGAACUUUUGAAGCUGUUCGCCGAUGUUGAGGAAGAUCCUUCAGGGCGACUCACUGCAAAGCCGAAACUCGCGCAAAGGAGGGGGAAGAUUAAGGAAGUGCUUGCCCAAGGGAAGGCGGUUCACAAAGCGGCAAAGUGA